AUGACGGGGAAUAAGCAAACCCAUGCGAUGAAAGAUGAGAACGAUAGGCCCGUCAAGAAGCCGUGCAGUUGGGAACAUACCGAGCUCAAGGAUGAAGACCUGUCGGAGAAGCUUGGUGUAGCCAACAAGCAGAUCGUCAGUCUGGAAAAGAUGAAUGGCGAGACUUCCGCUCAGCUCGCUGAAACGGAGGCCAAAUACCAAGCCUUGGUCAAGUCUUGCGGUGAGGAUAUUCAGAAAGCUGUCCUAAGGGCCAGGUGUGAAGUUGCUGCCAAGUAUAAGGGGAUUAUUCUACAAGUCAAAGCCCAUAUCAAGGGCAAAGAUGAUGCUGCGGAGGUUCGGGAGAGCUUGGCGAAGAUAAAUGCCAAUCUCGAGCUGUUGGAUAAGAUCAUCAAGGGCAAACUCACCGAUUACAAAGCCAAACGUAAAGAGGUUGCCGAGGAACAAAAAGCUACCAUAAUGGAACUCAACUCAAUCUCGAUUCCUGUGCUGGACUUUUAUAAGAUGGGGCUCUCCGGAUUUUCACAAGGAUCGUCGACUGAUUCCGAUUCAAAAGGAUCGACUGAUUCGGAGGAUGAGCCGAUGAUGGAAUGGGGCUUGGAAGUUGAAGAUCCCGAAGAAGAGGACGAACAUGGCUCCAACGAAGACAUCGUCCCUGAGUUGGUUAAGAAUAAUCUCUGA